AGCAGCGUAUUACUUGUUAUUGUAUUGUCCUCGUACGUAUCCGGAACCUUUGAAGGGGGAAGACUUUAACGGUAGGACACAGUGUAAAUAUGGCUGAUGUACCGGACAAUGCACCUGAGCACUGCCCAGGCACACAAAGUGAACAAGCUGGGAAAUCAUCAUCAUGUCAGGGUUGUCCCAACCAGAAACUAUGUGCCUCUGGAGCUACAAAGGCCCCCGACCCAGCCAUAGCAGAGAUUGGAGCAAAGCUGUCGACAGUCAAACAUAAGAUCCUUGUGCUGUCUGGUAAAGGAGGAGUGGGGAAGAGCACAUUCAGCGCUCAUCUGGCUCAUGCACUGGCGAGUGACAGCACCAAGGAGGUUGCGCUGUUGGAUGUAGACAUCUGCGGUCCAUCCAUUCCUCGAAUCAUGGGCUUGGAGGGAGAACAAGUUCACCAGAGUGGUUCAGGCUGGUCUCCUGUGUAUGUAGACGACAACCUGGCAGUGAUGUCUAUAGGCUUCCUGCUCAGUAGCCUUGAUGAUGCUGUGAUCUGGAGAGGACCCAAGAAGAACGGGAUGAUCAAGCAGUUUUUGAGGGACGUUGACUGGGGGGAUCUGGAUUACCUCAUCGUGGACACGCCCCCUGGCACAUCCGAUGAACACCUGUCUAUUGUGCAGUACCUGAGCUCCACCCACGUGGACGGAGCUGUCAUUAUCACCACACCACAGGAGGUAUCGCUGCAGGAUGUACGUAAAGAGAUCAGAUUCUGUCAGAAGGUCAAGCUCCCUAUCAUCGGAGUGGUGGAGAACAUGAGUGGAUUUGUCUGCCCCAACUGCAAGAACACCUCACAGAUUUUUCCUCCCACAAGCGGUGGCGCUGAGAAAAUGUGUGCUGAUCUAAAUUUACCGCUGUUAGGAAAAGUACCGCUAGACCCCAGAAUAGCACAGAGCUGCGACGAGGGCAGGUCUUUCCUCAACGUAGUACCCGACUCCCCUGCUGCUAAAGCCUACAAAAGUAUUGUGCAGAGUAUCCAUGACUAUUGCUCCCACCGUGAAUCUGAGGAGCACAACGCCACAUGAAGCUGCUCUGAUAACAGCCGCAGGAACACAAGGAUGUCGGAGAGUUUGUUAAACGCGAAAACGCACUGAGAAAAGACCAAACCAUUAAAAUUGUCUCCACAUCUGGCCUGAUGUGGACAGAAUGUGAAGUGCAGUGACUCCUCUGGGUUUAUUCUGCAAGGAGACGAUGUGACGACAAUGACCAAACCUCCUGAGGCCGAUUCUGAGCAUCAGAGCUUACAAGAAUAUGAAACUAAGAGAUAAUAUACCCAGAGCGUUAAUUUAGUGAUGUAUUUUGUACUUCAACUUGACUGUCAAAUAUGUAAAGGAAUAAAGUAUUUGAUAUCUAAAUUUUUUGAGC